AAUACAAUGCUCUAGUCUGGGGAAGACCAGAGACAGGACAGUUAGUGUGGUUUGAGAAACAACUCGGGCAGGUGGCCUUACCAUCUUCGGCCCCCGACAGCACGAACAUCUAGCUGGUCGCCCAAGAAGUAUGGCAGGUGGCGAAGGUGCGAGUGUUACUGGGGGCACUACAGGCAGUGCUGGUGUGUGUCCAGUAUGUGGCUACAACCAGCCCAACUUGACUCAACAUCUGUCUCGCCACAGCAAAGAAGAAAUUAUCCGUGCAGUAACAAAUGGCCAUCCGCUGCCAGAAUUAGCUAAUCGACGGCCACCUGGGCGGUCUCGCAGGGUCUCUUACCCUAUGCCAUCUGCGACAAAUGUGACUCCCAUCUCACCUAGACCUACCACGAGUCAAGCACCAUUACUGCUUACUGGGAAUCCAACUCAUGAACAAACACUGGGGGCUUCUCUAACAUCCUUACCUCAAGCACCUUCUGCACCUCACCCGACCCCAACACAACCUGUACGGCUAGGAUCCCUUGGACCUCUGAUACAGCCUCCUCGUAAUGGCAUGCCACUAGCAACUCCAUUGCAGCAUGGUGCCACAGGAAACAAUUAUCUCCUUAUUGGUAACAACAUGUUUCCUGCUGGAAGUGUAAUUCCUAAUAAUUUACAGUUAGCAAACAAUGGAGUGAGCUAUCUAAUUCCUAGUUCUGGAGGGCUUGUGCUUGCUGCUGCACCACCGACCAAUCAGACCAUUUUUGUUCAGACACCGACCACAGCAACACAGACUGUACCUAUUAAACAUCAACCUCCCACUCCUGUAUCUAUUGGUGGGCCAGGUACAGUGGUGGGAGGAAUUUAUAACAAUAUACCUCGUAGAACUCCGAGACCACACUUACCGGAAGCUCCCAUCUGUUACAUUGAGGAAACAUGUUCUCAACAAACGCAAGAUGAAGUUCACGUUCUUUCUGUGGAGAACUCGUACAGAAUGGAUGCAACCACAAGCCAAAAUCUUUUGAAUAGUAGUAGGAAUUAUUUCAAGACAAGAAAUGAACCAGCAACAUCCCAAAAAGCAACUAUAAAUAUAGGGAAAAAUAUUAGUAUUUCAUUGCCCAAGGAUUUAGUUGGGCAGAAGAACCGACUUAAAGAAAUUAUAAACCAGGAACUUGUUAGAGCAUUAUUAAUGAACGAUAGUCAGGGAGAGAGUGACCAAACAGAAAGUCAACCAACAACUAGUGCUGAGAGGAGGAAGAUGGACUUCUUUCCUACCAAAAGUGAACCAAUUUGCUUUGAAGUGAAAACUGAUGUAAGUGUCUCUUCAUCUAAUGGACUUCCAGGGGAUAUCUCUGAAGCAUGUAUAGAAGAAAAUCCUUUAAGGAUAGAUUCCGAUUUAGGCGAGAGUGAUAAUACACAAGAUUUCGAUGAUGAACAAAAGCAGUAUAGCGAAAGUAAACAAGAUGUUGAUCCCUUGGCAACAACCUUGGUUGUACCAAUAUCAAGCAGGUGCAGAAGCAGUUCAGAAUUUCAUGUUUCUUCUAACAUUCAUAUUGAUUCAAAUGUACCUUUGCCUGCUCAUAACAUAACAAUUGAAAAUGGUCUUGAGAGUUUCACACGCCAUGAAACUGUAAGUCCAUACAACAUACCAGUAGAUGAACCAAUGGAGGUUAUCUUUGAUGACAGGGGUCACAGUAGCUGUGCUUCUGGUUCUAUUGGUACGUCUCAUAUUCAUACCUCUGCAAUUAAUGUUCGCACUGAUAAGGUUUCUUAUGAUAGGGAGGGCAGUAAGAAUCUUUUUACAAUCAGUUCUUGUGCUGAAGGUAAUAAUGAUGAAAUACGAUCAAAGCGAACUGUACGUAGAAAGAUUGAAGUUAGCGAUUCCAGCAUUAAUAUUGACAUCUGUAACACUCAAAGAAUAACUGGUGAUCUAAAUACUGUUAACCAAGCAUCAUGUGCUGCAAACCAAAAUAGGCAAACAAAUAGGAAUGAAGAACAGAAUCAAAAUGUGCUCUGCUGUGAUGACCCACCUCUUAGUUUUUUGACAUCUGAUCGCACCCUCAAUAACCUUUUAGAUGACUCGACUCUGCAGGAAAUGGUAUAUGUAGAAGAACAAGUGCUUGGAGCUGUUGAGGAGGUCUUUGCUGGGGAUAAUUCGUCACACCUACCAAGUACAAGUUCAUCAAUUAUGAAUGGACCAUCUAGUCAAAAAAACCUUCCAAGAAAAGUGAGUAAUUCUUAUGUAAGUGUCUAUGAGGAGCAUCCAUGCAUGCCUUCUGCACUUGGUGAAAAUCAGAAAGAGAAAAAACAUGAAGUAAAAUGCAAGAUUGAACCUCAUACUUCUUCACAGCCUAAUUCUUCCACAACAAGUAGAACAGCAUCUUAUCAUAUUAAUCAAACUUCUCAAAACCAGUCAGCACUCAGGUCUUCCAAUAUGGGAAAAUUAGAAAUAUCAACUCAAGAACAGGAGGAAGAGCUGGUGGAUGAUCCAAGUCUAGUUGAGGAUUUUGCAAAUGAAAGCAUCUUUCAAGAUGACCAAAUGUUUGAGCGAGAGUUGAAUAGCCAGCAGACAGAGGAAGUUAUGUCCCUGAAAGCAUCAGAAACCUUAGCUGACAGUGACAGUGAGAGAGCCACACCACAUGAGGAACUACAAGAUCUCAUGUUCUAUGAUCGAAGCUGCAUGUUUGCUGGUGAGCCAGGUCCAGCAAACCUCUCACCAAGAGCAUAUCCAUCAAUAGACUCUUCAGCCUUCCAUGCUUUGACGCCAGCUCUUAUUACACCUCUUGACCAUGCUGUGCAGAUUGAAUCAGCACAGCCUGUAUCUCUCUCAGCCCUAGUUGGAGGUCAUACAGAAGAUGGUGUCGUAGAAAUGACUCCGGCAGAUGCCACGAUGCAUCUUGCUGCAGAUGAAUGUUGCACUGUUUUGCCACCAGAUGGACUUAGCAUUACUCAGUUGUUUUCCACAUCCCAUCAAGAAAUUGGAACUUCAGCCUCCAUUUCAAAUAUUAAUAAUGGAGUUUCAUCAGCUCCAUCACAUGUUACCUUUGCUGACUUGAUGGAAGAUUCAAAACUAAGCUCUAAGAUGCUAGCACUAGAAUACAGCUGCAACAACCUGAAUCGUCAGCUGUCUCCAAUCCCAUCAACAUCUGGUCUUCAAGGCUCAACCCUUCCAAAACCUGCCAAAGAAGAUGAAGACUAUGAAUUUGAAUAUGAGUCUGAUUGUUAUGGUGAUAGUGAUUCUGACUCUGGUGUGAUCAAUCGUGGUCCUCUUGACCUCGAUCACUGGAAAUGUCUCGUGUGUAAUAAAAUGUUCAAGAGUCUUAAGGAAAAAUUACUCCAUGCUGGUCAGCAUUCACCUUGUGCUGAAGCCAUGGAAAAAUCGGGGGCAAUUAGAAGUGCAAUACAAGUCAAAUCAGCUCAAUCUGGGAUUAAAAAAGAUGCUGAGGAAGAACCAGGUCUGUCACUUCUGAAGUGUAAGAUAGAAUUGAGUACAAUGCAAGAGGAGACUCGUACAAUGCUGGAGUCAUUUGCUUCAAAUGGAGAAUACAAGUGUCCUGAAUGUAAUUUAGGCUUUCCAUCUGCAGAGACACUCUUUGAACAUCGAAAAAUGAUCUUUAAAUCUCGUGUCACGUGUCAGAUAUGUCACGUGGUAUUCAAAAAGAGACUAACAAAGCUAAAGCACAUGAAGACACACACUAAGGAAGACCUUAAGUGUCUCAUUUGUAAUCGCCUUUAUCCAAACCGUUAUUCUUGGUCUCAGCAUCAGCUUUUUCACAUGGGUUUGGUGCUAUUUGAAUGCAAGGAAUGUGGUAGGAGAUUCCAAAGGAGAUCAGAGUUAGAAGUGCACUCAAGGACCCACACUGGUGAACGACCUUAUCAGUGUGCAUCAUGUAGUAGUGCCUUCACAACACCACAAUCUCUUAAGCGGCACUUGGUUACUCAUAUGGAUGGCCAAGAGGUUGACUGUGAUGUCUGUCAUAAGACAUAUAAAAAUAUUGUAUGUUUAAAUAAGCACAAGUUUAAAGCACAUUCAAAACACAAAGGGAAAACUAAGGUACGUAGGGACUUUAUGUGUAAAACGUGUAAUGAGGUCUUUCCCUCCGAGAGAAAAUUAGCAUGGCAUCAAGAAACUCACGAAAGAUGGCCUAAGAAAUGCCAACAAUGUGGAGAGUGCUUCAUUCACCAGUCCAGUUUGACUAAACACAUUCGUCAGAAACAUAAUCCGCAGCACCAAACAUCUGAUGGAAAAUCUGAAAACAAUUCAACAUGUCAUGUAUGCUGCAAAGUGUUUAAGAAAUCUUCACUCGCAUUACAUUUACGGACGCAUACUGGGGUAAAGCCUUUUAAGUGCAAUAUAUGUAACAGAAGUUUUGCAGUGAAGUGUAACUUAGAUGCUCAUAAAUGGGUUCAUAUGGGUGUGCGUGAUAGGCCACAUAAAUGUAAGCUAUGUGAGCGAAGCUUUCAUCGGAAAAAAGAUUUAGAAGCUCAUAUACGUAGUCAUAAAAACAUUCGUCCUUUCACAUGCAAUGAAUGUGGAAAAUCUUUUAUUCAUAAAAACAAUUUGCAGUUGCAUGUGCGUGAGCAUUCUGGUGAAAAGCAGCACAAGUGUGCCUUUUGUGGUAAAGCUUUCUUUCGGAAAUAUAAUCUUGACAAUCAUGUCAGGAUUCACACGGGUGAAAUGCCAUAUGAGUGUACCAUUUGCCGCAAAGAUUUUACUCAAAAAAGCAACUAUAAUGUACAUAUGAAAGCAUUCCACGUUGAGAGACAUGCUGUUCAUGAAGAACUCUAAGGAAAUUUUAACUGAAAAAACUCUUAUGUACAAAUGUCUAGUUUCUGUUGGCAAAGUAUUAAUCAAAUGAGAAAUUAGAGAAUGUGUCAUCAUUCAGUGCCAGAUAUACAGAAAUAUUAUUUUUCUAAAAAAUAUAGAUAACAUGAUCGACAGUUCAUAAAUUUUCAAGAGGUAAUCAAGGGUAAAAAUAAAGUAGAACCUCGAUACUCUGUUGCUUUUUAGCUUUCUUUAGCCAGUUUAUUGCUGGUAUAAGUCAAACAUGUUUUAAGAUGAGGUCUACAUUUUCUUAAGGGGGCAUAAC